AUGAAGAUAUAUACAAAGCCCAUAUCCAGCCCGGGUCGGACCGAGAAUUAUCCGCCACCAUUGAUGAGAUUUUUGAGGAGCAAUGUUAGUAGCAGAAGUAGAGGCAGGUCACGUUCAAGUCCUAUGUUCGUUAGGAAGAAAAAUGGCGCCACUGAAACCCAAGAGCCUUCCUCCCCAAAAGAUACCUGCAUAGGACAGGUUAGAGUCAAGCGUUCCAAGCAAGCUAAGACCCAACCAAGUAAAAUCAAAUGCUUCUGUAAAUGGGUCCGAAACACCCCGUUUUGCCAACAUUUAAACAGGGCGACGCGCCGGCCAAAGUGUACUUUGCUCUCAUGGCGCAAGUGGAUAAUGUUUUUUAAGGUCGGUGUCAGGAGAGAAAGCAAAAUCCGUGAGGAUUCAUCAAAAGUUGAACCAAAAUUUGGCAACAUAAGUGAAGAUGCAGGGCAAGAAAGUGAAGUGGAAGAUGAGGAAAAUAAGAUGUAUGUUUCCUACAGUAUUGCACCACCAAAGAAUGCGUUGUUAUUGACGAGAAGCAGGUCUGCGCCGUGCAGGUCUUCUUCUGUAGCUUGCAGAUUUUGGGGCUCACCUCUGGAAAGUGAAGAAACAGAACAAAACUGA